AUGCCCAUCAGACCGAUCACACAGGAGGACAUUGAGCAAUUGGCUCUCCAGAACCGCGAUUUGCCAAUUGAUUUGGUGAAAAUACAAGCCGUUUCCACUUCCAGCAAGAACAACUCGCUCCACGAUACUACUUUGCAAACGUACAUAGACGCCACUCUGCGCGAAUGUAAAACGAUGUCAGAGCUCCCCACUCAAAUGGAGCUCUUGAACAGAAUGUUACGUCAAGCAGGACUUAUUAACGGACUACACCCUACUUUCCACACAAUUAAAGCCGAAGGCACUACUGACAGGAAAGCUGCUCUGCCCAUCAUCACUACGGUAUAUUACCAACCAACAUCCAAAUUCACCGCCAAAACAGGCACCAAUGUAACGAACUCAGGAUCUGGUGACGGUUACAUUUCCUUCCAAACAAGAUUGCCGACAGAUGAGAUCAUUAAACUGGACUACAGGCAUGACACAAGCAUGAACUCUGGUGCCAGAAUCAGCGCGAGCUCUGCAUACUUGAAACAGACACCGUUUUGGAACUGGAAAUUUGACCUUUUCGAUGCGUGGAAGUGUGUCGGUGUGAGAGACGUAGGCGCGUCUUUUGGAGUCAGAAGUUGGUAUAACGAUCCCAAGAAAUGGAAUAUGUCAUUCGACUACGAGUUGGUGAGGAGGAAAUUCCUUGGAACUGACACCAAGGAAACAAAACUCUCAGAGUACCUCCUGAUACAGGAGGGUAGCUUUGUCAGGUCAGUGAUAAAGAAUAACUUCACAAAGGACAAUAGAGAUAGCCCUUUUAACCCGACGAAGGGCACCAUGUACAAGAUAAACAACGAAUUGGGGGCGAUGGAUAACGGGUCCAGCUUUUGGAAAACAGUGCUGGAGCUCAACCAUGUCAAGAGCUGGUUCCCCCGGGAUUUCAUUACACUUAGUACCACGCUUCGGUCCGGUUACAUUAAAAACUUAAAUCCUGCUAAGAGUUACAUCCAUUUCACGGACAAAUUUCAAAAUGGUGGGCCUAACGAUGUACGAAACUUCCAAUUGAACGGAAUUGGACCAAGACAUAUGCACCAUUCGAUGGGGGGCGACGCAUUUAUUGCGUAUGGAGUCAGCCUCUUUUCAAAAAUUCCUCUCAAACGAUUCCAGGACUCCAAUUUCAGAUUGCAUUGGUAUUUCAACGGAGGGAAACUAAUCAACCAUAAUAAUUUACCGAUCCAUACUUUGCUACGCGAACUAACUCUAGAGCACUCGACCUCGAUUGGUGCUGGGAUAGUAAUGAGACAUCCCAUGGCUCGGUUUGAACUGAACUUCGGUGUACCUUUAACCAGUCACGUCGGUGAUUUGCAAAGGAAAGGGUUCCAGUUUGGCUUAGGGUUCGAAUUUUUGUAA